GCCAGCUCCCCUCGUCCAAAGAUGCCCAUCUGUCGAAGGGGGAGAAAAGGGAGCCGUCGCUGGCGUUUUAAUAAAACGCCAACAGAGAUCAAGCAAACGAGCGAUGUCCUCACUCUACACUGCCAACCUCUUGAGAAAUCUCUUCUCCCCUCUGCCGACGUCAUCCUUUUCUUCUUCGUCCUCCACUUUUCUUCGAUCCCCUUCAUCAACAGCAACCACUGCCACUGGGUUCUCGUUCUGCUCCGGGACCCACCCUCUACUGAAGAUGCAGCGAUUCUGUACUCAAGGAUCUAUUAGCAAAAACAAAGGUCUAGUUGAGCAGUUGCAACAUUAUGGAAUUAUUAAAUCAAGGAAAGUUGCUGAAGUGAUGGAAACCAUAGACAGGGGAUUAUUUGUACCAGAGGGCAACCCAGCUUAUUUGGAUAGUCCUAUGCCUGUUGGUUACAAUGCAACUAUUUCUGCACCACAUAUGCAUGCAACUUGUCUUGAAUUGUUGGAAGAACACUUGCAACCUGGCAUGCAUGCCUUGGAUGUUGGUUCAGGCUCUGGCUAUCUGACAGCAUGCUUUGCAAUGAUGGUUGGUCCAGAGGGCCGUGCAGUCGGAGUAGAACACAUUCCUGAGCUUGUUGCUGCUUCCAUAGAAAAUAUCAGAAGGAGUGCAGUGUCAAAUUUACUGAAUGAGGGUUCCCUCGCCAUCCAUGUUGCAGAUGGAAGAAAUGGUUGGCCAGAACUGGCACCUUACGACGCCGUUCACGUUGGAGCUGCAUCAGCUGAAAUACCUAGACCGUUGAUUGACCAGCUGAAGCCUGGUGGGAGAAUGGUGAUUCCAGUAGGUAGCUUUUUCCAAGAUCUGGAGGUGGUUGAUAAGAAGCUUGAUGGUUCUGUUAGCAUUCACACUGUAACAUCUGUUCGCUAUGUCCCUUUGACGAGCCGAGCAGCACAGUUGCAGGGAUUCUGAUUCAGGAUGUACCGUGCAUCCAGUAAAUAUGUCAAGUAUAUGUGAGUGUUAAACAAGUCUUCUUUUUGUUUUGUAUGGUAGUCGCACCUUCUUUCGUAUUAACAGAAGAUCUCGUAUCAUGGUUUAUGCUGGCUUGUUUAACUCAAUGCAAGGUGACUUCUUUAUUUGCUUGUUUGAGGGCUUGUAGCUUGGUGCGUGGUGGUACGGAAUAAACCUAUGCCUUUCAGGAUCUGUAUAUAUAAAUUUAUGAUAUGUAAAUUUGUGAAUAGCAUCUCAAUAUGUGCUCUGAGCUGGAUAUAAUAUCUCCGUUGGAGUUUAUUUAUGUG